CCCCCCUCUCUCUCUCUCUCUCUGACUCGACGAGAUUAUAAAUCUGGACAACAUGGUGAAUGCCAUCAAGGGACUGAUGAUUUCAUGUGACGUACCUAUGGCUCAAUUCAUCAUCAACAUGAAUGCAGCACUCCCUCAAUCACAGAAGUUUAUUAUACAUGUUUUAGAUAGCACUCAUCUCUUUGUACGAUCUGAUGUUGCUGGAAUGAUAAGAUCAGCCAUUGCAGAAUUCAGGGAGCAGAAUACUUAUGAGAAGCCUUCUUAAUGCUUUCAAGUGAAGUUUAAUGAUGCCUCUGCAACAGUCUUUUGGCAUCUCAAAACAGGCGGUUGCUGUAUUCUUGAUGGGUUGAAGGAAGAAGAGAUGAGACUUCUGAGCUUCACUUGUUGUUACAAGUUCUUUCGGCUGUUAGUCAACCUAAUGCUGAGCAUACGUGGCAUACAAUUUUGUUAUGACUGCUAUAUAAAUUUGGUUGCAGUUGCAUUCUUAGAGAGAACUUGAAGAGCUUGUCAGUUAGAAACUCUGGAUUUUUUUUCCCUUCAGUGUUUUCUGGGUUCGAGUAAAUUUAGCUUUCCAAUCCUCGAUUAAUU